AUGUCUAAAGUCAUUUCUCUGAUUGAGGUGGCAAAGCACAGCAAGGAAGAGGACCUCUGGCUUAUCAUAAACAAGAAAGUAUAUGAUGUCACAAAGUUCGUCGACGCCCACCCUGGUGGUGUUGAUACUCUAACUGCAGCAGCAGGAAGAGAUGCCACUGAUGACUUCAAUUCUGUCGGUCACAGUGACUCAGCAAAGGAAGAAUUGAAGAAGUAUUACAUUGGCGAGUUAGAUCCAAACGAUUUUGCAGCUCUCAAGCAACCUGUACAUGGCUCCAAGAGCAGUUUUUCAGGACUUGCAAUUGUAUUUGUACUCAUCGCCAUUGUUAUCUAUCUCAUCUUCUCUCCAUAA